AUGGAUGUAUCACCAGAACAUUCUUUCAAUGAUAAGCAACCGAAACACCCUCCGUCUGAAAAUAAUAAUAACCUGAACAAAUGGCCAAAUAAAAAGAAAACAAAGAAGAAGAAAAAGAAAAGGAGUAAUACUCCCGUUGAAUUGCCAAAUAACGUUUCAUUCAACCCAUAUAGAUCCAAUAAAUUUUCUAAGAAGCCUGGAAAGGGUAACAAAAUGUUAGUGAGGGAUCCAAGGUUUAGUGAACAUUCAGGAAAACUAAACCUAGAUAUGUUUAGAAGGUCUUAUAGCUUUUUGGAAGAAAUGAGAAAAGAAGAAGUUAAAGAAAUUACGAGGGCAAUUAAAAUCAACAAGAAAUUUGGGACGGAAAGCCUGAAAGGAAUUGAAUCAAUGAAGAAAAUUUCACAUCUCAAUAUAUCGAACUUAGAUGAAGCCAAAAGAGCACUGGAUAGGUACAAGAGUGAGAACGCUCAUCUUCAAAAGAAGGAGGAAUUGAGAAAGUUGAAGAAGUCACUGGUUCAAGAAGAGAAGAAUAAAAUAAGUUUAACUGGAAAGAAACCCUAUUAUUUCUCAGACAAAAAGGUUAAAAAGAUUUAUAAAGAGAUGAAUAAGAAGAAAAUUGAAGAAUCCUUGAAAUCAACUGAAAUUAAUUACGGACCAAACAAAGCUAUACACAAAAAAUUGGAAUCCCAAAGCAGAAGAUUGCUUCCUAAGGAACGAAAGUUGAAUAUGAUCCCAAAGUUUAGGGAUGUGUAG